AUGUCAACAAUUUCACCGACGGCAAGUAGUAGUGGCAGUGGCAGUGAUAGUAGAGGACGUGGAGAGACCUUCACAAAUGAAGUGGUAAUUCCAGCAAAGCCGAAUGAUUAUGAAACAUUGUUUAAAAAACUAGAUAUUGAAGAUACUGGUGAAAUUUCAUUUCGUGAUUUCAAGAAAGCCGUAAAGAAAUUUAACCAUCCCGUCAGUGAAAGCCCAGAGUUAUUGAAGAAGGUUUUCAACUCGUUUGAUUAUAAUAACGACGACAAGAUUGAUUUUCAAGAUUUCAAAAAGUAUUUAGCAACUACUGACGAUCAGAUUUUAAAAGGGUUCAACAAAUUAGAUAAAGAUCACGAUGGAAGACUAAAUAAAUCUGAUUUCAUACGAUACCUAAAAGAAACAUUGCAUGUGGAACCUAGUACAGCAAACGUGGAUUUAUUAUUUAAACAAUUGGAUGCAAACGAAGAUGGUUACAUCACCUAUAAUGAGUUCAGAGAAUAUUUGAUGUUGAUCCCUAGACUACAAGGUUCAAGAAUUAAAACUGCUUUUACAUUUUUAUUUGAAGAAUAUGAUGUUAAUUCAGAUGGUGAUGUUACAUUAAUCAACCAAUUUUUGAAUGGUUUCAAAUAUUUUUUAGCAGGUGGAUUUGCUGGGGUUGUUUCAAGAUCAUGCACUGCACCAUUUGACAGAAUAAAAGUAUUUUUGAUUGCCAGAACUGAUUUGUCUUCAACUAUUUUGCAUUCCAAAAAGGAAAUUGCCCGUCAAAUUGCUUCAGGUGCAGAGACUCAUGUGAUUGAAGCAUUGAGAAAAAAACUUGCACACGCAGAGAUGGAAAAGGCUGCAGAAGUACAAGCUGCAAAAGCUACCCCAAAUACACCUAUCAAGAAAACUAUUAGAUCACCUAUUGUUCAAGCUGUUCGAACUAUUUGGAAACAAGGUGGAUUAAGAGCAUUCUAUGUUGGUAAUGGGUUAAAUGUCAUGAAGGUUUUCCCAGAAUCAGCCAUGAAAUUUGGUUCUUUUGAAGGGGCGAAAAGAUUUUUUGCCAGGAUUGAAGGUGUAGAUGACCCAACUAAGAUUUCCAAAGUUUCCACCUAUUUGGCUGGUGGGUUUGGUGGUGUUGUUGCACAAUUGACAGUUUACCCGAUAGACACAUUGAAGUUUCGAUUACAAUGUUCAAAUCUUGAUCACCCAUUAAAUGCAGUUUCAACAGCAAAGGAAAUGUUACGUGAUGGUGGUGUUAGGAUUUUUUAUAGAGGAAUUGGCGUUGGUCUUGCCGGAAUGUUUCCUUAUGCUGCCUUAGAUCUUGGUACCUUUUCAUCAGUUAAGAAAUUGCUUGUUAAAAAAUUUGGUAACGUUGAAGAUCAACUGCUACCUACAUAUAUGACCUUGAGUUUGGGUGCAUUUUCAGGUUCAUUUGCUGCAACAAUAGUUUACCCAGUUAAUUUAUUAAGAACUAGACUUCAAUCACAAGGGACUUAUGCACAUCCAUUCACAUAUGAUGGUUUCUAUGAUGUCUUCAAACAAACCAUUGCACGUGAAGGAUACUCAGGAUUAUGGAAAGGUUUAGUACCUAACUUGGCAAAAGUUGCACCAGCUGUGUCUAUCAGUUAUUUCGUAUAUGAAACGUUAAUACAUAGGUUGUAA